CGGCAAGACCGGGGGGCGGGGGGAGGGAGAGAGAGAGAGAGAAAAACGCGGGCAACUGGGAGACUCUGUCACCUGCCACGGCGAUUGGGUAGCCUUACGUGAGCCACGGUGAGCCUUGAGGUAAUUUGAAGUGCCCGCCGCUCCCGCCAAAAGGAGGCCCUCCACUUGCUCAGAGCCGGGGCGAAGGAAAGUAAAAGAAGAGCCCAGAGUGGGAAGGGCAGCAGCACGCAAAGGUUGCUCAGUGCCUGCUCCAGACAAAAGCAAAGGACUCGGAAGCCUCCAGGAAAGGCGCCUCCGCCACACAACCCGAGGGGGAGAGUCGCGCAAGCGGAGCGGAGCCGCCCCCUUCCAGCUCAGCGGGCAGAGAGACGCCAGGAAUCCGGAGAGCGGCUGUUGCUUGGACCCUAGGAAUUCCUUGGAUCCUCCGAGUAGACUGAGUGGAAGGUUCCACACACACACACAAACGGCGGGCCUUUUCGGACUUGGGAAAGCGUGACCCUGAGACGGGAAAAGGCGCGGUCAGUUCGUUGGAAAGCAAAAUAAACCGCCAGUGGGCAGGCUCUGGAGAGCUCUUCUCGCCGGCUGAAAGCGGCUGGGUGUAAGAUCGAGGCAAGGGGAUCUUCUCCCCUUCCCUUCCUCUUGUUUUUUCGAGGAAGAGCGUGCCACAAGGAUGUGGCAGGACCUUUAGACGCUCUGCAGCGCGGCUGGUGAUGAUAACAAGCGGAGUGUAGCGCGAUUCAGCCCCUUGUCCAGCUGGUAGUUCUGGCUAAGGCGGAUUGCCUGAGGGGCCAGUUGGUUCCCACUAGUGACUGAAGCGGAACGAAGAUUACUUUUCGGACUCUAGCCUCUCCUCCAACCCCGCUCCACCCCAUGGCAAUAUGAGCGCUGUCGGUCUCUCGCGGUUCUUCUUUCUGGCCACUCUGCUCGCCGUUGCCACCCAAGCGGUGCCCCGGGAAGUGGGGAGCUCCCCAUCGGGCCCCCGCCAGCCGACGCGGGAUGCGCCGAGUUUCUCGCGGCUGCAGAGGAAGAGCCUGGCGAUGGAUUUCAUCGUGCCUUCUCUGUUCCGGACCUACCUGCGUGAGCUGGUGCUGGGCGGCGGCGGCGGGGAGUCCUUGGGCGGGUUCAAGGCGCGCUGCAGCCUGGUGCUGGAUUGCCCGCCGCUGCUGCGCGCUGUUAGCGCUUGGUUUCCCAGGAGCGGAUCCACCGUGCCGGCUGGCCGCGCCAGAACCCCGUCCAAGGUGCUGAAAGCGGGUUCGGUGAGAAAGCUGCGCCGCGCCAAGCAGCUGGUGCUGGAAGUGGGCGAAGCCAACCUGAGGGAUAACUGUGCCUGGCGUGCUGCCGGGGAAAGAGCCCUGGCAGAGGCAAGCCAGCUCGAGUUUACCCUGACCGAGGAAUUCAGCUGGUGGAUCCGCUCCGGAGAAGGCAGGCUGAGGAUCCGGUUGAUGCCGGAGAGGAAGGCAUCUUUCCAGGGCAGAGAAGGCAGUUUAUCAGCGGCGAUCAGAGCCUCCCAGCCUCGACUGUUCUUCCAGAUGGCCACCAGAGACUGUCACCACUCCUCAUAUCAGGAUGGAAGCAGUAUGAAAGUCCAUCAUGUGAGACUUUUGCCCUGGAGCUUAAGGUGCCCUCCUGUUUUGUGCUGAGAUUGGCAUCUUCUGAGAUCUUCUGCCUGGGAAAGCUGGAUCCUCCAUGACCAAGCUAUGCUUGGGCCUGCAGUGACAUCAUUCCCCCAAUUUCUGCAGCCCACAAACAGCUUGACAAGGCAGGGUCUUUCUCUCCUGACUGAGGAAACUGCCCACCUCUUAUUCUGAGAGACUGCCUGAUGACCAUAUAAUGGAUUCAGUCUCAUUAACUCCAGUAAAAUGAGACCAGUGUAAGUGAUCACUGAAUUGCCUGCCCCUUGCUCCAAUUACUUCUAGUCUUAGAUGAAUUUUCUAAUCCAGAAUUGAUCCUUUCUGUUCCCCAUAUAGUGAGCACUGACAUGAUCUAGACUGGAACUCUUUGUUUUUCCUGUAAUUUGAGUAGAAUUAAUUUAUGGUGUAAAUUUAACCCUAUAUCCCUUAUAAUGUGCCAUAAGGACAUACACUGGCAUUUUACCUAAUCAGUGGAGUGUUAGAAACCCCAUACUUAAUGGACUGCAGAGUCUUAAAUA